AUGCCCACAGCACAAGUAAGAAGAUCUCUUGGGCGACCCCGAAAACCAGUUGAAGAUGCAAAAUCCGUAAGGCCCCUUUCUGCAAGUGAAAAUAACUCUGUCUCACCGCCACAGAUACGACGCGCCCAGGUACGCGAAGCGCAACAGGCGUACCGAUCUCGCCAGCAGUCUCAACUCUCUUCACUGAAAGCUCGCGUAGAGCAACUGGAAGAUGUACUUAAUCAGAUGAGCCAGACGAUGCAUGCAUUCGAUAAUCAAGUGAUCCGGGAUGGGUCGCAGUGGUCCCAGCCUCAACUUUUCCGGACUGUACAGUUACUCCGGGAUGAUAUAGUGUCGCAUUUCAAGCGGGCCGAUAUUCACUUUCAAGAGUCCCCAAAGAAUCAAAUUUCAGAACCAUCCCAGAUUGUUAAUAAGCAACCCCCCGCGCAGGUCGCGUCCGAGAUGUCAAUUGGCAGGUUAAGAGAUCACACUUCGAGGUCUGACUUCUGGAAACUGUUCUUGGGCUCGUCUGCUGGCAUAAUUCCAUCGACUAAUACCCAAAACCUGGAUAACCAAUCGAACGAUUUGGUUCACAUCCCUAUGACACCAUCUAUUGCUGAAACACACACCAUCCCAUAUGCGACCACACCCUUCACCCAACGGCUUUUCCGCGCUUGUGCUCAAAGUGGCCAUCAGUUUCUGUCAAAUCCGUCAUAUAAAGAUGAAGAUAUGUGGGAGUUCGGACUACUCCUACAAAGAAUGCCACGAGCCGAGAUCCUAGACUAUUUCGGACGUGUCAUUAACAUGGAACCUUGCCAGCCUAUCAUCGAUGCUCGAUUCCCAUAUAUCAGUUUCGGUGGUGCAGGAACACACUUACUACCUUCCGGUGACGCUGUUCCGGAUAGCUUCGCCCUCUUCCGAAUAACAAAUGGCGUGUCUCAUGUCCCUGCUGAUGAAGACUGGUUUGAUGUGCAUGAUGUCGAGAGAUACCUGUUCAAUCAAGGCAUCGGUGUGGGCGAGUUUCCUUCGUCUCCCCUUACAAUAUCUUAUCCAUCUAGUCCAGGCCGGCCUUCGGAUUUUCGGACCCCCCAAGGCGAAUUACCAGGCAGUAUGAUGAUGGUCAUCGACGAGUAUAAAUUGAUCAACAGUACGCCCACUCUAUUGUUUGCUAUUAUUCUCUGCGUCAAGUAG